GAAAAGGGGGAGCUAAAGAAACCCCUACCAAACUGCCCCUAUCCCCAGUCGAAGCCCGGGACCUGAAAGAAAAGAAUCCGAUCCAGCUCUGGGACGCGGUGGACCGACUCUCCACCGACAUUAAAAGCGAGUUUCGAGAGUCUCGUGCGCUCUUGGAGAGUUUACGCACGGACGCCGUCGACAUGGCACGGAUAACUGUUUUAUCCGGUUGAAAACUUCGCGUAUCCAAGGAGUUAUUUGGAAUUUUCUCCCUCCUGUUUUACAUGGAUAGGACGCUUUUAAAGGGAGUUAUAUGGUCGUAACUCGGACGCGCGUGGAACUAUUAGUGCCGAACGUCCAGCGUGCCGACCCUUCGUCUCCAGCCUGUGGGGCCACGGCUCUCCAGACAGGUCAGAGGUCAUCUACAACAUGAUGCCAGCCAGCCACCUGCCCAUCCUGCUCUCCCUGAGCGCCCUGCUGCUGUCUCCCCUGCUCACAGGCUCCUUGGCCUUAUCUUCACCCAGGUUCACAAAAGUACCUGUUGACAUGAUCGGCGUCUCCGGAGGUGUUGUAUCCUUCGUGUGCCAAGCCACAGGUGACCCCAAGCCAAGUGUAACCUGGAAUAAGAAAGGAAAGAGGGUGAAUUCUCAACGCAUCGAGACAAUAGAGUUUGACGAAGGUGCUGGUGCAGUCCUAAGGAUCCAGCCUCUCAGGGCGCCUCGAGACGAGAACAUCUACGAGUGUGUGGCUGAGAACACAGAAGGCGAAAUCAGCGUCCAAGCUAAGCUGUCAAUUAUCAGAGAGGACCUACUUCCUGCUGGCUUCCCCAACAUUGACAUGGGCCCACAGCUGAAGGUGGUGGAGCGAACGCGCACGGCUACCAUGCUUUGCGCUGCCAGUGGUAACCCCGACCCGGAAAUCACCUGGUUCAAAGACUUCCUUCCCAUCGACCCCAGCACAAGUAACGGCCGAAUCAAACAGCUCAGAUCAGAGAAUACUCCCAUCCGAGGUGCUCUGCAGAUAGAAAACACUGAGGAAACCGACCAGGGGAAGUACGAGUGUGUGGCGUCUAACGUAGAAGGCGUCCGAUACUCUUCCUCUGCCAACCUGUAUGUGCGAGUUCGUCGCGUGCCCCCACGUUUCUCCAUCCUGCCUCCCACCAUGCAAGAGAUCAUGCCAGGGGGUAGUGUUAACAUCACUUGCGUCGCCGUUGGCUCGCCCAUGCCUUACGUCAAGUGGAUGCUUAACUCUGAGGACCUGACACCCGAGGAUGAGAUGCCAGUGGGCAGGAACGUUCUGGAGUUAAACUCUGUCCGUGAGUCGGCCAACUAUACGUGUGUGGCCAUGAGCAGCCUGGGCAUCAUCGAGGCUAAUUCCCAGAUCAUUGUCAAAUCCUUGCCGAAACCUCCAGGUACUCCUGUUGUAACCGAAACUACCGCCACCAGUAUCACUAUCACCUGGGACAGUGGCAACCCGGAGCCCGUCUCCCAUUACAUCAUCCAGUAUCGCGCCAAAUCUCCCGAGAGCAAGUUUGAGACCGUGGACUCCAUCACCACCACUCGCUACAGCAUUGGAGGACUUUCUCCGAACACCGAUUAUGAGAUCCGGGUGUCAGCCUACAACACCAUUGGCCAAGGCCCACCCAGUGAACCCGUUGAAGCUAGGACUGGGGAGCAAGCUCCCGCUAGCCCACCACGCAAUAUCCAGGCCCGUGUCAUCUCCCAGAACACCAUGAUGGUACGCUGGGAUGAACCCGAGGAGCCCAAUGGACAGAUAAAGGGUUAUCGGGUCUACUACACCAUGGAUCCAUCUCAGCCCAUGAACAUGUGGCACAUCCAUAAUGUACAGGACAGCGUGAUCACCACCAUUCAGAGUCUGGUGGCCACUGAGACCUACACCAUCAGAGUGCUGGCCUUCACAUCCGUAGGAGACGGACCUUUCUCAGAUCCCAUUCACGUCAAAGUUCUUCAAGGAGUCCCUGGACAGCCGACCAACUUCCAGGUUGGUGAGGUGUCAGACACGAGUGUUGAGCUAACAUGGGAACCGGCCUUCGAGAAAGAGGGAAUCAUCAGUUACGAAUUGCAUUACAGAGAGGGCAGGCAAGAAUCUCAGGUAAAGAAAACAUUCGGCCCAACCUCUUCCUAUGUGGUGGAGGGUCUACGUGCAAAUACAGAGUACUUCUUCUCUCUGGCUGCCGUCUCCAACAAAGGCAUUGGAGCCUUCACCAACGAAAUAUCCCAAAGGACGUCCCAAGCCAAGCCCUCCGCCCCCCCUCAAGACAUUAAGUGCUCCAGCCCCAGCUCCACCACCCUGCUGGUAAGUUGGCGCCCUCCGCCGGCCGAGAGCCAAAACGGGGCACUGUCCGGGUACAUAGUGCGCUACGCAGUGGUGGGGGCCGGGGCCAGCACGGAGCCCUUGGAGGAGCCAGCGGUGCCACCAACGUUCAGUACAAUCUUGCUGCAACGGCUGGAGAAAUGGACCUUGUACCAAGUCACUGUGGCAGCCUCCACCAGCGUGGGUCCGGGUCCCGCAAGUGAGCCGCAGCUCUGCCAUACAGACGAGGAUGUGCCUGGGGCCCCCCCUCGCCGCGUGGAGGUCGAGGUGCUCAACUCCACCGCCAUCAAGGUGAUGUGGCGCUCCCUGUUGCCAGGGAAACAGCACGGGCAGAUCCGUGGGUACCAGGUGCACUACGUCCGUGUGGAGAACGGCGAAUCUCGCGGCCUGCCCCUCAUCAAGGAUGUCAUGCUAGCCGAUGCACAGUGGGAAAUGGACGACACAGCUGAAUACGAGAUGGUCAUCGGGGGCCUGCAGCCCGACACCACGUACUCCAUCACUGUGGCAGCCUACACAACCAAAGGAGACGGAGCCCGCAGCAAACCCAAGCUGGUGGUGACUAAAGGAGCAGUGUCGGGGCCUCCCUUUCUCUCCGUCAAUCAGAACUCAGAAACUACUGCAUUAGUACGCUGGCAACCCCCUGAUUUCGUCGCUCCGGUUCUCGAGGUGGAGGGUUAUCGCCUACAGUUCGGCCGAAAGGACGUGAGCCCCCUGGCCACGCUGGAGUUCAGCCCUCGGGAGUUGGAAUAUUCCAUUAGCAAUAUCCAUCGAGGGGCCACGUACAUCUUCAAAGUGUCCGCCAAGUCCAGAUCAGGAUUUGGCGAAGAGGCUACCCGAGAACUAAAAGUCCCAGAAGAGGUUCCUCAAGGGUAUCCUCAAAUAAUCGAAGGGUCUAACAUCACCUGCUGCUCGCUACAAUUUGCCUGGUUGCCUCCGGUACUAGCAGAGCGCAAUGGCGCUAUAACAGAAUACACAGUGGCUUACCAGGAGGCCGGAACAGCCGGUGGACCCAAAGAACUGCGUCUGCCGGCAAGUGAGGACAGCUACACUCUCAAGAGUCUGAGGCCCAAUGCAGUGUAUGAUGUGAAAAUUCGAGCGCACACCAGUGUAGGUCCAGGGCCCUACAGCCCACCGAUCCAGUAUCGAACAGUGGCCUACGAAGCAGAUGUUCCUAAGAACUUCACCGUGAAGCUGGUCACCAAAACUACAGUACUGCUGACCUGGAAGUUUUUCGAUAACCGCUUCCCAUAUCGCUGUAUGAUUGAGUACAACCGGCAGAAGGUUGACAUUGAUGCUAGGAUGGCCAAAGCGCUCAUCAUCAACUUGCGACCCAACAACACAUAUGAGUUUAGAAUCGGCUGCCAGGAAAGCAGCGACGGUGGACCCAAACACAAGCUCAUCGCACGAACAGCACCACCUAUUCUGGUCCGAAAGCCAGAGUUUGACCUGAAAAGAGAGCCGGACAGUACGCUGACUAUUGUCUUCCCACCUCUGGAAUCCAAAGAGUUGAUAAAGACAGUCUAUGUUGUGGUGGUUCCUCUGAAGAAGGGAAGAGGUCCGAUCCGACACAUCAAGAGCCCAGAUGAACUGGACCUAGAAGAGUUGCUUGGUGAUAGAAGACUCGGUCAACGCCACGCUCGAACCACACGUCAGCUCAAGCAGGUGGACGGGAAGCGGCCUUACAUCGCUGCCAGCUUCAAGCCCUCAUCCAUGCCACCGUCCUUCACCUUGGGCAACCAGAUGGUUUACAGUGGCUUUGAAAACAGGGUUCUGGAGCCCGGGCAGGAAUAUGUGUUCUUCAUCCUCGCCGAGCUCAACACCACUGGAGGGAAAUCGUUUGCGUCCAGUCCCUACACGGAUCCAGUCAUGGCUCCUGACGUGGACCCUAAGCCCAUAGACACAGGAGGGGAUGGACUCAUCUGGGUAGUGGGGCCUGUUCUCGCUGUGGUCUUCAUAAUCUGUAUUGUGAUCGCGAUUCUCCUCUACAAGAACAGCAAGCCUGACAGCAAACGUAAAGAGUCAGAGCCACGGACGAAAUGUCAUCUGAACAAUGCUGAUAUCACCCCUCACCAUCCCACAGACCCAGUGGAGAUGAGACGAAUCAACUUCCAAACUCCAGAUUCGGGUCUAAGCAGUCCUGUCAGUGAAGCCGGUUUUGACUAUGAAAGUAUGAUGAACCACCCUCCGAUACCCAUCUCUGAGCUAGCCGAGCACACAGAGCUACUGAAGGCCAAUGACAACCUGAAGCUCUCCCAGGAGUAUGAGUCCAUCGAUCCGGGUCAGCAAUUCACCUGGGAGCAUUCCAACCUGGAGGUCAACAAACCCAAGAACCGCUACGCCAACGUCAUCGCCUACGACCACUCCCGCGUAAUCCUGGCACCCAUUGAAGGUAUCACAGGCAGUGACUACAUCAAUGCUAACUACACUGACGGCUACAGGAAGCAGAACGCUUACAUAGCUACACAGGGGCCACUGCCGGAGACCUUCGGAGACUUCUGGAGAAUGGUGUGGGAACAACGAGCCACCACUGUGGUCAUGAUGACCAGACUAGAAGAGAAGUCAAGGAUAAAGUGUGACCAGUACUGGCCAAGUAGAGGGACGGAGACCUACGGUAUGAUUCAAGUGACGCUCCUGGACACCAUCGAACUCGCCACUUUCUGUGUGCGCACCUUCUCUCUACACAAGAAUGGUUCCAGUGAAAAGCGAGAGGUUCGACAGUUCCAGUUCACUGCAUGGCCAGACCACGGCGUUCCCGAGUACCCUACUCCAUUCCUGGCCUUUCUCAGGAGGGUGAAGACCUGCAAUCCACCGGACGCCGGCCCCAUCAUCGCCCAUUGCAGUGCUGGCGUGGGCCGCACAGGCUGCUUUAUCGUGAUUGACGCCAUGCUAGAGCGCAUCAAGCAUGAGAAGACGGUGGACAUCUAUGGUCACGUGACCCUUAUGCGCUCCCAGAGGAACUACAUGGUGCAGACGGAAGACCAGUACAGCUUCAUCCACGAUGCCCUACUGGAGGCCGUUGCCUGCGGGAACACGGAGGUGGCAGCACGAAGCCUAUUCUCCUAUAUCCAGAAGUUGGCGCAGGUGGAGACCGGAGAGCACGUCAGUGGCAUGGAGCUGGAGUUUAAGCGUUUGGCGAACUCCAAAGCCCACACAUCCAGAUUCAUAAGUGCCAAUCUGCCAUGCAACAAGUUUAAAAACCGCCUGGUAAACAUCAUGCCGUAUGAGAGCACUCGAGUGUGCUUGCAGCCCAUCAGAGGGCUGGAAGGAUCCGACUAUAUCAAUGCUAGCUUCAUUGACGGAUACAGACAACAGAAGGCUUAUAUAGCCACACAAGGCCCAUUAGCGGAGACCACUGAAGACUUCUGGAGGAUGUUGUGGGAGAACAACUCCACCAUCGUGGUGAUGCUGACCAAACUGAGGGAGAUGGGACGUGAAAAGUGUCACCAGUACUGGCCGGCGGAGCGCUCCGCUAGAUAUCAGUACUUUGUGGUGGAUCCAAUGGCAGAGUACAACAUGCCUCAGUACAUCCUCAGAGAGUUUAAAGUGACCGAUGCUCGGGACGGCCAGUCCAGGACCGUUCGGCAGUUCCAGUUCACCGACUGGCCGGAGCAGGGCGUUCCCAAAUCAGGAGAGGGAUUCAUUGACUUCAUCGGACAGGUGCAUAAAACUAAGGAGCAGUUUGGACAAGACGGGCCCAUUUCUGUCCACUGCAGUGCUGGUGUGGGCCGGACCGGGGUCUUCAUCACGCUAAGCAUUGUGCUGGAGAGGAUGCGCUACGAGGGUGUGGUGGACAUCUUCCAGACGGUCAAAAUGCUGAGAACACAACGGCCAGCAAUGGUGCAAACAGAGGACGAGUACCAGUUUUGCUAUCAGGCAGCUCUGGAGUACCUUGGAAGUUUUGAUCACUAUGCAACGUAAAAAGCCAUUUUUGUUUCCCCCAACCAACUACCCCCCUCCCCCCAACAGCCUCCUGAGCCAUAAAAAAAUUGCUUGAAAACAUGAAAUGAUGACAACUAUACACAAUUCAUUAAAAUUUUUUGAAUAAUCAUCUUUUGGAACCAAUCAAAACGCUUUGUGCAUAACCCCAAUUGGACAAGCAACACUGGAGAAGUGCAAAUGAAUCCCAAACCCUUCUACAUCCCAAGCUCGUGAAGGAGGAACCAAUCGUUUUGGCUCAGGGUGUAGGUGUCUGGGUGUCGGACCACUAACCUUACCUCAAGUGUUCUGACAUGGAGGACAAACAUCGUUUCGUUUCAAACUAACUCUGUGAACACAUUACAAAAAGACAUGAAGGAAAAGUUGGUGAGAUACAACAGGUCCACAUAUUAAAGUAUAGAUUAUGAGCACCUGAUUCAUUGGCAUUUAAAAUCCUUCUUUGUUUAUUAAAAUGGAAACAUUUUCAUUGAAAGGACAAGUAUCAGUCUAGCAGCGGACUUCACUGAUAUCUUCAAUGGGGAAGAUGGUGCAACUGUACAAACAAGACUUCUUUUGCUGCUCACGUCUUGGGCCCAAGCCUCUCUUUGACAUGUUGCCAUUCUGACAAAAUUGGGAGCCACUUAAGAAGCAAUUCAAGGCAAACCAUUCCUCCACUUGAGAACAUAACCCUCCUCUCGAAACCACUGAAGUCGCCAAACGAGAAGUCGACACGUCAAAUUGUUGAAACCUAAUCACAUCAGUUUCUCGAGGUGGGGACAAGUUUUUUUGGUGCUUUCAAAGACAUGCUAGUGAACAUUUCUGCCAAUGUAGCUCCAAUCUCCACCUCUCGAGAGCCAAUUGGAGCGUGAAAUGUUAUGUCAACUAGAGAUUAGGACCAGAGGAACCACUAAAGAAAGUCUUGAGUUU